AUGGAAUUGCUGAUUGACAUAACAGAAAGGCAACCAGGCUUGAUAUUUGAUAUUUGCGACAGAUUGGCUAUUCCAGCUAGAGACACAACAGUCACAUCACCACCACCACAGACAACAAAUCCUUCCUGGUGUACCUGUAAUAAUUGUCAGGAAAUGCCAACGGACAGGGAGAAACUAUGUUAUAGACUUUUGCCUCAAAAUUGCCUAUCUCUAAGACCGGUAAUACCAAGCUGCAUAGUCUGCAAAGUGAGGAGGAGGUAUCCUGACCCAAAUGGCCAAUAUACAGGUUUCAAGGCAGACAAAUGGGCAUAACCAUGAACGAAAGAGCACUAUUCAAAAGACCUACCCAAAUUAUGAAACAAAAAAUUCUAUUAUAUAACAGUAGAAUCUGUAUGAGCAGCCACUCCUAUUCAGCGACACCUCCUUGUAAGCGGUCACGAUAAAU